AUGGGCAAUCUCGUCUACUCCUGCCAAAAGGAGCCAGUUAUGCUGGUUCAUGUCCCAGAAGUUCAUCCGUCGAAGCGGCUGUUGAAAGCCUUGGAGUCCGUUCGUAAGCCACCUGCAGAGCGACCUUCGACCGCAUGGACAGACCAAGGAAUGAUCCUCAUGACCGCCAACACUCUGGGUAACUUCUCAAGUGAGGAGAAUUUCGACACGGUCGCCUCGGAAGGUGAUCCUCUAGUUCUCAUGGAAUUGAACCAGAGCCAGAAAGAACAUUAUGAACCUUUCUCGGCAAACCCGUGCAAAGUCAUGCUCAUCUUGGGAUGCUCCGGAUCUGGCAAGAACCACAUGAUCCAACAGAUUGUCAAGCCGUUCUUCAGAUCGAACAAGAGGCAUCGAAUCACCCCGACAAGAAGUUUUUCAUCCUCACGUCCGAAUACGGAAGAGUCGAUUCGCAACCAUGUAUUCAUCGACGACCGACGAAAGCCAAACGGCCGGCCAGAGAUCGAAGACUGCGAUCCUGCAGAAAUUUCCGGCUUGGACCUUGCUGCUCGGCGUCACUUCGACUCCGGACGCUUUUUUAUCUGGUACAUUGGAAUCGUCCGUCAUCCCGAAUACACUCAUCCAAAUGCAGAUGAGCAUUUCGCAGACCUUCGUCAUCGAUCCCGUCGAUACUGGACGGAUGAGGAAAUGGACAAGGAAGCAAAGGCUGCGUACAAAGCAGACUUAGGAGGAGUUUUCAUGGAGAUCUUUCGACAACCAUCCGCGCUCAUCACCCCCACCUUUGCUGGGUCGUCGCCAUUUAUCGAGAAGGCAAUUGGCAACCAUGUUGCUGGAGUGAUCUUAGAUGAGGCUGCUUCGGAGCGAGAUGAUAACUGGUAUCCAACUCUUGUCCAGGAUCUUUUGAAGAUCAAAGCGCGAUUGCCCGGAACACCACAUCCGACAAAUGCAGUCCUUCCCGCCUACUCUGCACAGAGAGAUAGGUGUAUCAACAUGAAAGCCUUCAUGGAGCUUGAUCGCCUGGAUGGCGUGGACAGAUUAACUGUCGCGACCAUUGACGCAGUGCAAGGCGAAGAGGACGAAUUUGUCAGUCUGAUCUUGCCGAUCCUCCGUGGACCUGAUUUCUUGCAAGAUCCCCGUCGCAUGAACGUUGGCACCUCUGGAGCGAGGCACGGCCUUGUUGUAAUCCUUGUCUCAUAG